CAUCACCUGAAGGACAACGUCUGCCAGCAUCUACCAUUCUGGCUCAUUUGCAAACAUAUUAUGAUUCCGAAUUGCAAACUUCCCCGUGAGGGCCCCACGGACAGUCUGAAAUUGUAAACAGUUUCGCUUAACGUGAUCGCACCGCGGCCCUCUCCUCGUGCCCUUGAUUCGAAUUCUUUUUUUCCAUGCCAUUUUAAACCGUCGUCUCUUCUGUGGAUCAUCCCAAAGCCCCUCCUUUACAUCCCUCGUCUGCUGGUUUGAUAGAAGCCUUAUUGUCCUUCAGUUUUUACUAACGCUGAACUUAGCUUGAACCCUUGUAUUCACAUGCCUAAUAGAGCCGACGCCGGCCAUUCACCUCCAGGCGAUAAAUCCGACUUUAAAGCAGACGUUGACGAUCCUGCUGCCCCAAUGUCCGAUAUUGCUCUCCGAAAAAAGAAAAAUGCGGACGCCCAAGCCGCUUUUCGUCAGAGGCGAGCAAACUACAUAGCAACUCUAGAAGAGACAGUCACUAGUCUAGAGUCUGUUGUCCUCCAGCUUCAGGAUUCGUGUCGCGAAGCGCGAUCUGAAGCCGGGGAUCUACGACAAGACAAUGCGCGCCUUAGACAUGAAUUGCGCGAACGUGAGAAGUUCUGGAGGGCCCUUUGGCAGGCGAGGAAGACAGGACAGGCUCCUGAAUCGGAUGACUUGCCCCCGCUCCCAUCGUCUUUUGCUUCUCAUCCUCAAGCAACCAACAUCAAUAAUCGCACCCCCUCGUCGCACGGCCAUUAUAGUGAUGAUGGCAUGGGAUAUCAGACUAGCGACGAAACGUCCAAUUCCCUGUGCAGCGGCUCGUAUAACAGCGGGUCCAGUCACUCAUACACGACACAAUCUCCAGCACUUUCUUACACUGGCGUGGAAGCUGAGCAGAUAUCAUCCGGUGGAGCCGGGCACCACAUGAACGCCCGAGUGUCGAGAUAUGCUUCUUACCCGUAUCCGAUGCAAUCCAUUAGCCGGGACGGACCAUGGACUCAAAACGUGGCGCAGACUGCGUCUGCUAAUGGAUCGCCUACCUUGACAUCCCCCGAUGUAUAUGCGAACCGCCCUUUUGAAGAGCAGAAGACUCAGCUCAAUCAUCUAGAAACCACCCCAUAUCUCUUUCCUAGCAGCCGUUCCAUCUCCCCCACGUCGUCCACUCCCCCGUCCUCGUCUAGCACAUCCUUGACGUCCCCAUUCCAAUUCACAUUCCCUGCUGAUGGCUCGAUCACACAAGAUCGCGGAGAAUUUGAUUUCCGUCGGCACUCCAAUAGCCACGGUGCUGAUUUAACUUUACACGGUGGCACCGCAGAUAUUUCGGUUCCGAGUGCUGGCAGCGACGGCGUGCGUUACAGACUUGGGCCCCGUCGCACGAAUUCUGGUCCGAGUCCAUUACUGCCAUCCCUUCCUCAGUUCUCCGGGAGCGAGAACGGCUCUCAGCACGAGCGGGGGAGUAGCGAAGGCGAAGCCACCUCCUAUUCGCAAAUGCCGAGGCUUCGACCUCGCAGAGGACGUUCGCGAGAAUCGAGGUCACCUUCCCCCAGUGCACCUCCGAUUUCGGGCACGUUGGCGGUUAUUAAAGCUCAAGCUUUUGGAGCCCUCCGUCGAACUCGGACCAGGGCCAAAAAAACUUCUGAGGGGGCGGCUAAGGUUGCAAUGGAAGUUCUCGAGGCCAGGGGUAUCGGGAUGGGCGUAGUGGCUGGCUCGAAGCGUCCCCGUCUUCACCACGACGAUUCCGACAUGCAAACGUGAUGCAAAUAAAUGUACUCCGCAACGACUACCAGUUCACUCAUUUGAUCCCUAGGGAUUGUAUCAGCAUCUUUUCUCAUCACCAGUGAACUAUGUAACCACGAUUAUUUGUCCAGCAUUUUAAGAUACCAGUUACUUACUGUAUUGCGCUUACUCCUUAAAGGUCUGCUGCAUAGUGUUGCAUGUAAUAUGAUAUGUACCUUCGCUUGCACAAUUCAUUUAUCAUUAAAACACUC